CUAACGUUAGCUGGUUUCACAGCGAUUCGAUGGCCCACAAUCCGACACAAACCAGCGCCGAAAUACACGUUUAUUCGACGUACUUUUUGCCUGGUUAGUCGGAAACAGACGCUGGGCCUUCUCUAGGAAUUUUCUGGCUUUGUCCGGUUGGUUGUUGUUGACGGCAAUUAUGGCUAUUUUUAUGCACCGCUCCGCUUCGUCCUUGUUUGAGUCCAUCGCGACACAGCGGAAAUGUUUACUUACCCUGGGCCGCACAGAGAUGACGCCGAGACGUUAUUUGUCUCGUAAAUAAUACGUCACAGCAGUUUGAAACAACCAGCAUGCACUUUAUAAACGUCGGACAGAAAGUAUGUCUUUAAUCUGUCAUUUUUCAGGUCAGAUUGUUUCUUUAUUUCCGAUAUUUAGCUACGCUGAUCGUGUCCGUGUCACUAGCUGACCAUUGAGGCAGCCUAUGACAUCGAUACUUAUUUGAAAGUCAAAAUGGCUUUAGCAGCUGCACAAACCAGGUCAGUCAUAUUUAUCAAACGCAAUUACCUGCAUGCUUUGAGGAAAACCUGCCUGUGGUUUUCAACCAGUGACACGAUUUUAGCGGACGAGAGGAAUCCACCAUCAAAGACACAUUUGAGAAAAAGGCAAAAGAAGGCUACUUUGACUCAUCUGUCCUGGGAGGAAAGGUUGGCUGAUGCAGUCACCCCUCUGUGGAGGCUGAGUUAUGAUGAGCAACUUGAGCUCAAGCUAAUGCAUCAGGAAAGGAUCCUGUCUCAGCUGUCGGGGUAUCUUUCAGGUGAACUACAAUCACAGUCCUCAUUACCUGUCAGAAGUAAACUCAGCUUCCCUGUCUUGCCUGUUCUGCCAUCACCAGUUAGGGAUGGCUACCGCAACAAGUCUACCUUUUCUGUCAACAGAGGAGUGGAUGGGAAUCCAAAGACAGUUGGGUUUUACGUGGGCACAGGGAAGAAGGGAAACAUUGUCUGCGUCAACGGAGACCACCUUCUCAACAUGCCAGAGAAGCACAAAAUGGUGGCCAGAAGUUAUCAGGACUUUAUUCGCCUCUCUUUCCUGGAGCCCUGCCUGCUUUUCCACACUGGGGGUCACUGGAGAGAGAUCACAGUGAGGACCAAUGCAGAGGGCCACAACAUGGCUAUAGUAUACUUUCAUCCACAGACGCUGACCCCAGAAGAGGUGGCAGUGCAUAAGGCUGAGCUGGUGGAUUACUUCACAAGGGGGCCUGGAUCGGUCUGCCAGCUGGACUCGCUGUUUUUCCAGGAGAGCACCAUGACUCGCUGUACUCAUGAGCAAUCCCCCUACCAGCUCCUGCAUGGGCAGCCACACAUAUACGAGGAGCUGCUGGGAUUCAAAUUCCGCAUCUCUGCCGAUGCAUUUUUCCAGGUGAACCAGGCAGCAGCUGAGGUGCUGUAUAGCACAGUAAGACAACUGUGUAUCCCAAACCCGGAUGAAGGUGGGGAAAGGACACCAUUUGGUGGUAUUCUUCUAGAUGUUUGCUGUGGGACCGGUGCUAUCGGCAUUACUACAUCUCCAAGAGUGGACAGAAUAAUUGGUAUAGAGCUCGUACAACAGGCAGUGGAAGAUGCUCAACACAACGCAGCUCUCAAUAAUGUACUGAACUGUGAGUUUAUCCCUGGUAAGGCUGAGGUGGUGCUUCCUGGCCUUAUGUCUCAGUUGAGCUCUAAAGGUGGGGAACCUGUGGCAGCUGUGGUAAAUCCUGCACGAGCCGGCCUCCACUACAGAGUGGUCCGAGCUUUACGAAACCAACCUAAUAUCCGCAGGCUGGUCUAUGUUUCCUGUAAACCGGACGGGGAGGCUAUGCGGAACUUCAGGGAGCUUUGUUGUGCUCCUGACCUGACGAAAAAACUCACAGGAGAGGCGUUUUCUCCAACUCUGGCUGUGCCUGUAGACAUGUUCCCACACACUCCUCAUUGUGAACUGGUGCUACUAUUUGAGAGGUAGCAGAUGAUUUUGUUCAGAAGUGAGCUUUAAACCACACUCAUUUCUUUGUAGCUCUGAUGUGGAAUCAAAUAAGAAUUCCCUGUAUGCUAAAUAUAAUGGUUUUUUUUAUGGUGUACCAACACACAUGUUUUCUAUUUCUUUCUUGGUAAGACCUUCCUUCAGGACUGUGUUUUAUAUUUAAUUGCUCUUCCGAUAAAUGUUUUAGAACAUAAAAUAUCUGAAAAUUGAUUCCAAUAUAAUGUUGUCAAGGUGCUCGUUUCGCCCACCAACAGUUCAAACCUCAUAGUAUAUUUAACUUACAAUGAUUAAGAACACAGAAUAAAGUAAAAUCCUCACAUUUGAGAAGUUGGAGCCCGCAAAUGUUGUUGAUGAUUCAUGGGACCAAUUCAAAAGGUCAUUUAGUUACUGAGCUCUGCAUAGUCUUGUAUGUAAGGCUUUACAUGUACAAGAUGCCAGCUCCUAGAAACCACAACACCACAAUCCCUGUCAUUCACCCUUGACCUCAUAAAAUGAAAACCUCUGCAGAUCAACGUAGUCACUACAUGAGCUGUUUUCUGUUAGUUUAGACAUCAUACUACCUGUUGUACUGUUCUGAGAGAUUGUCUUUUAUUACAGCAGGUGAACAGUUGAAAGGUUACCUUAGAUAAGAUAAGAUAUACUUUAUUGAUCCCAAAUUGGUAAUUUUUUUGUCACAGCAUCAUGUAAGAUAAGGCUUUGCGCAUAGUUAGAAAUGAAAAAGAGUAGAAAAUAAACAAUUAUGCUUUAGAAACAUCUCAAAAUAGAAAAUACAACAUUACUAAAAAAGCAGAAAAUAUAGAAGUUGACCAUUGAGAUAAAAAUAAGUAAACUAUCUCACAAAACAAAAAAAACACUAUUGAAGGGCCAAACACUUUAUAAAAGUAUGAUAUUGUUUCCAUUACAGAGUUGAGUCGAUGCACUAUUACAGCGUGUGUAUCCAUUAUAACCCUCACAAACCUAACAUUUGCUAGAUCUGUUACAAUGGAUUUAUAAUAUUGUUAUAGAUGUUCCUAUUCUGUGUCCACCUUCUGUAAUAGUGAUUCUCUUUAUCUGCCCUGAAGUAGCUAUAUUUGUGCAACAGGUGGCGCUAUUACAACUUGUUAGUAGCCAUCCUUCUUGGAGACAUCCCAUUCAUUCCAGUUUACUAAAGGUCAAUAACAUAAUGAGUGUACAGUUGGAGUGGACCAAGUUUUUUCUAGAGAGUUUACCAGCGUUUAUGUGAGGUCAUACAUUGCAUCAAGGCGGCAUUGGCUUUUAGAUAGGAUGUUCUCUGAUCUCUUGAGUGAAGUCAUGGUAGGAUGAUGCUCAUGAGGGGUAAGCAUGAGGCUGGGAAAUUAACUUUUUUAAACGCAUCACUGCCAGGGGUCUGGGUUUAAACAGGCACAUACAUGUCCUUAUCAUAGUUGGGUUUACUAACUUUGGUUUAUUGAUAACAAUCAUGUGCUUGAGAAGUAAAAAGAUAUAUAUAUAUA